AACGACACGACCAGCAUGCAAGCCAAUCUCAGCCAGUCCUGGCACGAGAACCUUCCGGUUGUGAUAACCGUCUCCCUGCUUCUCUGCUUGGUGAUCAUAGCCACCGUGAUCGGCAACAUCUUCGUCAUCGCAGCCAUCAUCUGGGAGCGCAACCUGCGUACCGUCAGCAACUACCUGGUGCUCUCGUUGGCCGUUGCAGACUUGAUGGUGGCUUGCCUGGUGAUGCCACUGGGUGCCGUUUACGAGGUGACGCGCGAGUGGAGAAUGCCACCGGAGCUGUGCGACGUGUGGACGUGCUGCGAUGUGCUGUGCUGCACCGCGUCCAUCUUACACUUGCUCGCGAUCGCUGUGGACCGGUACUGGGCGGUGACCAUCGUGGACUACAUGCGGCAGCGGGACGUUCGGAAGGUGGGCAUCAUGAUAUUCUUGGUGUGGAGCGUGGCCUUCGUAGUGUCUAUAGCACCGAUCUUCGGCUGGAAGGACAAGGACUCGCGCAGCCGUGUCCUGCACGAGAAGAAGUGCCUGGUGAGUCAGGACGCCGCGUACCAGGUGUUCGCCACGUGCUCCAGCUUCUACGUGCCGCUCAUCAUGAUCCUGCUGCUGUACUGGCGCAUCUUCAAAGUGGCCCGCCAGAGGAUUCGCCACAAGCCCGGAGCCAAGGCAGUGCUCAUAGUUCACAAAGAACCGUCGACGUCGUCCGCCGUGGCUUCCAACGAGAACACGCCUCAGCACAAUGCUACCGUCGCGAGCUCACCCGUGCGCAACAGCAGUAAUCAGUCGUCGCCCAGCAACGGCAUGAACAAAGCCAUGCAUGGCGGCAUCGGCCGCCUUCUCGUGCUCACGAAGCGCGAGAAGAAGCACGUCGAGGAGACGAUUGAGUCUCGGCGGGAGCGCAAGGCAGCCAAGACGGUGGCCAUCAUCACCGGCGUGUUCGUCAUGUGCUGGCUGCCCUUCUUCGUCAUGGCGCUCGUCAUGCCACUGUGCGAGACGUGCGACCCCGGAAAGCUGGUGUUCAGUUUCUUUCUGUGGCUGGGCUACGCGAACUCGAUGAUAAACCCGAUAAUAUAUACCAUAUUCAGUCCUGACUUUCGCAACGCCUUUAAUAGAAUACUGUGUGGCAAGAAGCCGCCCAUGAGAUGACAGGAAUGAGAUUCCAGAUUUGCAGCGGUUACACUGUUGGUUUUUUUAUCAAGCUUCAGGCCACUCUUGGUGACCUCU